GAUCCUGUGUUCAUAGAUCAAACACACAUGUCCACAAUUCCACUGGCUUUGUCACAUUAGUUAUCACGAGUAAAUUAUUAACCAAGCUACAGCAAAGUUUGCUGGCUUCAAUCGCUAGUUUAAUUUGUCAGUUUUCAGUCCAGUCCACUUUAAGUCGAUCUGAGCAGUCCAUCUCGAUAGCUUCUCAGUAUGGCAUCCCUGCGUUCAGCAAAGCAAGCUUUGAGAAAAGAAAUUAAGAAGCUAUUGGCUGCAAUGAGUGAUCAUGAGAAACUUCGGCAGUCUCAAGUUGUCUCACGAAAGUUGUUCCAGCACCCUAAAUACCUGUCCAGCCAACGUAUCGCUGUCUUCCUCAACAUGCACGAUGAGGUGCACACAGAGGACAUCCUCCAGGACAUCUUCAAGAGGGGAAAAGUGUGCUUCAUCCCCAGAUACUUCACCAACAGCAGUCAUAUGGACAUGCUACGACUGAACGACCCAGAGGACAUCAACACCCUGGCCGUCACGUCUUGGAACAUCCGUCAGCCAGGGGAGGAGGACACAGAGAGAGAGGAAGCCCUGACUACAGGUGGGCUAGAUCUUAUUCUAAUGCCUGGGUUGGGAUUUGAUAAGAAUGGCAAUCGACUUGGACGUGGAAAGGGCUUCUAUGACACGUAUCUGGAACGCUGUAGGAGGCACCCGAAGGGAAAACCAUACACCAUCGCCUUGGCUUUUAAAGAGCAGCUGUGUACUCAAGUCCCAGUGGACAACCAUGAUAUCCUUAUUGAUGAAGUCCUCUAUGAAGAAGAGGAAUGAACUGUGCAAGUCACAUUUUAAUUUGAAAAAUGUUGAACCAAAUUUGUAUAUGAACAAUUCCUAAGACAUUGUUUCUGUGAGUCCUGUUUCUGCAUAUAUAAAAUUAAAUGGAUCAAAUUUCUCUUUAACCUUGACAUUUAUGCAAUCAGUAUUCUGAAUUGAUAUUUCCUUUGUUUCAGCAAAGCCUAGAAAAGAGUGUAUUUUUCAGUGUAAGGUUUACCAAGCUGUGACUACAAAAGGCUAAAUAUGGAGUCUCUGUCCUAACCUUAAAAUGUGUACCAAUACAUGAGCAUUUCUUGAUUUGCUUUGUAUCAUUUUCAUAAAAUGGUUUCCUAGUA